ACCUCCCUCCCUUCCUCUCUCCCUCCCUCAGUCAGUUAGUGGGUCCUGCUGCCCCGGGCGCCGGCGCCCUCGCUGCUCGCUGGCCCCCACCCCAGGGUGCAUCCCUGGUAACUCCUGCCACCUUAGCGUCCCCACCGAGUCGAGUCGAGGGGGCUGCGAGCAGGAGGCAGUCGCAGGCCCCUGGCCGCAGGAUGGUGGCGGGGCUGUCCCUGGCCCGCAGUCCCGGGAGCUGGCUGGUCCCUGGGCUGUGGCUGCUGGUGCUCAGCUGUCCUGGGGGGCUGGUGAGCGCCCAGGAGCAGCCCUCCUGCAGAGGAGCCUUUGAUCUCUACUUCGUCCUGGACAAGUCUGGGAGUGUGGCAAACAAUUGGAUUGAAAUUUACAAUUUUGUCCAGCAACUUACAGAGAGAUUUGUGAGCCCUCAAAUGAGAUUAUCUUUCAUUGUAUUUUCUUCUCAAGCAACCAUUAUUUUGCCAUUAACUGGAGACAGGGGCAAGAUUAGUAAAGGCUUGGAGGAUUUAAAACGUGUUAGUCCAGUAGGAGAAACAUACAUCCACGAGGGACUAAAGCUAGCAAAUGAACAAAUUCAGAAAGCAGGAGGCUUAAAAACCUCCAGUAUCAUAAUUGCUCUGACAGAUGGUAAGUUGGACGGUCUGGUGCCAUCAUAUGCAGAGAGAGAGGCAAAGAUAUCCAGGUCAUUUGGCGCUAGAGUUUAUUGUGUUGGUGUCCUGGACUUUGAACAAGCUCAACUGGAAAGAAUCGCCGAUUCCAAGGAACAAGUUUUCCCUGUCAAAGGCGGAUUUCAAGCUCUUAAAGGAAUAAUUAAUUCUAUACUAGCUCAGUCAUGCACUGAAAUCCUGGAAUUGCGGCCUUCAAGUGUCUGUGUAGGGGAGGAAUUUCAAAUUGUUUUGAAUGGAAGAGGAUUCAUCUUGGGCAGUCAGAAUGGGAGUGUUCUCUGUACUUACACUGUAAAUGAAACAUACACAAAAAGUGUUUACCCAGUAAGUGUGGAGCUUAAUUCUAUGCUUUGUCCCGCACCUACACUGAAUAAAGUUGGAGAAACUCUUGAUGUUUCAGUGAGCUUUAAUGGAGGAAAAUCUGUUAUCUCAAGCUCAUUGAUAGUCACAGCCACAGAAUGUUCUAAUGGGAUUGCAGCCAUCAUUGCUAUUUUGGUGUUACUGCUACUACUGGGCAUUGGUUUGAUGUGGUGGUUUUGGCCCCUGUGCUGCAAAGUGGUUAUCAAGGAUCCUCCUCCACCACCACCUCCUGCACCGAAAGUGGAAGAAGAAGAACCUCUGCCCACCAAGAAAUGGCCCACGGUGGACGCUUCCUACUACGGUGGCCGAGGGGUUGGAGGAAUUAAAAGAAUGGAGGUCCGUUGGGGUGAUAAAGGAUCUACUGAAGAAGGCGCGAGGCUAGAGAAAGCCAAAAAUGCUGUGGUGAGGAUUCCUGAAGAAGUUGAGGAACCUGUCAGGCCUAGACCACCUCGUCCCAAACCCACGUACCAGCCUCCUCAGACAAAGUGGUACACACCAAUUAAGGGUCGUCUUGAUGCACUCUGGGCUUUGUUACGGCGGCAGUAUGACCGGGUUUCCUUGAUGCGGCCUCAGGAAGGAGAUGAGGGCCGGUGCAUAAACUUCUCUCGAGUUCCAUCUCAGUAAAAGGAAAACAGGAAGACCAAGGAGGUAUGAAGAUACAUCUUCACACUGCUGAUUUCCAACCAAAUGAAAAAAAUAUGCAUUUCAGAAGUUUUUGGAAGAACAGCUUUAUUCCUCUCAGUCAGGAAAUGUUUUCUCUGCCUUCUGCUUUGCUUGCACCAAACAUUUUUAAAUACUUGUUCUGCCAUCUACACGAGAGUUGAUGGAACCCAGGAGUAACUCAUGAUUCAUGACAUGGAAAAUAAAGACUAAUGUUAAUCUACACGCUAUGGUUUAUACAAGAAAGUGCAUUUGAAAGUGUAGAAGAGGAAAAAGCAAAAACGACAGCAUGAAGAUGAUAUCAAAACAGGGACCACAGAACACAGAGCAUGAAGAUGAUAUCAAAACAGGGACCACAGAACUGGCCAUGAUGGAUCUGUAACGGAGAGAGGAGUGUUUUAUAUGGAAACAUGGCACUUGUGUUUUCACAGCGCAAGAUUGUUAGCCACAGGCAGAGUAUGGAAUAUCCCACCAGGCCAAGCAAAUAAAGGAGUCCAUUGCCUUAUAGCUAUGUCAGAUCACAAAAUCCUCCCAAGUCCCCUAUCACAGUGUGCCUUACGGGAAGCUUCUGACUGGAAAAUCUUGUCAUUCUAACACUGAAAAGUGCACACGCAUGACAAAAUGUAGACAGGAUGCCUCAAGGUGUUGGUAGCAAGCAAGAUUUUGCCCUUUAGUUUUUGAAGACACCUUUCUUUCAUUAUGCACCCGGGAAAAGAAGAAAAUUAAUAGAGCGUUAUUCCACAGGAAGACAGCCUCUAAGCAGAGAUCUUGAAUGGAGUUUAAGGGACUUGUGCUUUGAGAACUUGUCUCUGGGAUCGGUAGAUUUACCCCUCUCUCUAUGUUUAGGGUUUAGUAGUGCAUAAAGCAUUAAUAUCUGUAAACAUACCAGGAGUUUGUUUUGCUUUUAAUUUAAAGGAAGCAGUAACCACAAAGCUUCCGCUCAGGGUUUUUCCUUCCUCCAAGUCUCCAAGGGCUCUUCAGCGUCACAAGCCAGCAACUCUCUUUGCAUGAAAAUUUCAAAGUUUAAUUAAUAUAAUUAAAGGCAACAGCAAGCAGCAGCCUGUGAAGAUUUUGCUCAUCUUUUUUAUGCCUUUUGACAUUGAAUGACCUAUUACUGUAUGCGCAUUACUUGGACUUUGAGGGGCACUCCACCUUGGUUAUGAUUCAGUAGAGGAAAAAAGACCUCCUCUCAUCAAUUUAUAAAUUAAAUUUUCAGGAGGAUCGGCCACCACAAAACACCGAAAUGUAUGUAUUAUAAUUUUUUAGAAAAACCACCAUCGUGUCACGUCGACGAUGCCAAAUUAUGUUAGCGUGAGUGGAAACACUGUGGGGGAGGAAGAAGGCAGCAGCUGAAGAAAAAAGCUCAAAUGAUCUAGUCACUUUCGAUACUGUACUUCAGAUGCGAAAUGGAUAUUCGACUCGAAACCUGACAAAGCGCGCCUGCUUUGAUGUGAACUGGUAUAGACAAUGACCAGUGGCUGGGUCAGUGGGAUGUCUCUCUGUGAGCACAAAGGCUUAUCAAAUGACACUAAAAAUAAGUUCACCAACCAUCACAUUGGAAGGGAGAAGGCGAGCAUUUCAUGUUUGGCGGGCAUGUGUGUGCACAAGAUGGAAAGAGCGAUUUGGAGCAUCCCAGUAUAAUUACCCCCAUUGUGCUCUUAAUGGAAAUUUCAAAGGACGGGAGUGAUUCUGUUGGUUGGUGUCCAGAUCUGUGGCACUGCUCCGAGAAGCCUUACUCAAGCACACACAAAUAUAAGUAUACAUGCGUAUCCUCUAGCUUGAAUCUUUUGCUCAAGUUUAUUUAUGUCACUGGCUGGCUGGAUCCAAAGUCAUGUGUCUACAUAUUCAUAAAUAAAAUUUUACCUGUGCCUCUGCUACCAUUUUCUUUAAGCCCACAUAAACUCAAGUUUUGUUUGGUUAAAUAUAUAAUUGUCCUGGUUAGUUUCAGGACAGAAUUCUAUUCAGGUCCAAAAUGUCGCUUAUGUUCACAAAUGAUACUAUUGACAGUAAUUAUCCAUGUGUGCAAGUGUGACUUAGAAGCCUGAUAUAUACACCCCAUGAGUUCUUGUAGACCUUUGUUCUACAUUUUUAUAUCUGGGAUGGCAUUUACUGCUGUUUUCUCAAAUUGGCACUUCAUUUCUGAUCCAUGCACACCCAUAAAUGGUAUUUAAGAGCACCAAAGAUAGUACAGAAGCCAAGGCUGUUUCUUCAGUAGUUACUUGGAAUUUGUCUACUAUCGUAUGGCAUUUGUAUUGAGUUAGUGUUUUGCUACAUGAGCAAUGGGAGUAGACCUCUGCCCUUAAAGGGAAAAAUAGCUUUCUGUAGAUUGGAAUGUAAAUGGGGUUCCAGUUCUAAUACCACUAUGAAGAGCUCUCCAUGAAGAGGGAGAGGCAAUGGCCUGUAUGUGUAGACUAAAAGAGUACAAUUCAUAAAGUUCAAAGACAGAUGGAUUUUCACUGCACUUAAAGAUACAAACCAAAUCUAUGCCAUUUUCUCUCAUUUUGCUAUCUAGCAAAUAGAAGAAUUUGCUUUGAAAGAGUACUGUUUUCUCACCAAAGAACUAAAUCAAAAACCUCUAUACCUUUUAGUCAGGAAAAUAAAGGGUUAGAAUAAAGCCAUUUCUAUAAGUUUACUAACAUUUUUUAAAAAUAUUUUGUAGAGAGGACUCGGUCCUGUUUAAUUUUCUGGACAUAAUGUCAGUCAAGAUCUACUUUCUGUGUCUAAACGAGUAAGUCUUUAUCCGUAAUCCAUUUGUGUUGCAUAAGGUUGCAACGACAAUUAAGUGGGAAAUGACUCCUAACUUAUGUGUCUACUCUGCCUGGAAAGAAAGUUUUGAAGGCAUCUAUAUAUAUUUCAUAACAAUGUCUGUUCUUUAUGGAUUUGAUCCAUAAAUAUUUAUCUAUCUGAAAACUUUGAUACUUGGAAUGUUUUCCUUAAAGCAUUUGGUGCUCCAAGAAAAAACAUUUGGUGCUAAGAGUUACAGCACUGAUGCCUUUCCCCAAGUUAAUUCUAUUUUAAAAAUUUAUAUUUCCUUCCCAAUGAGAUGCAGAGUCAAAUUUGAGACCCUCCAUUAAGUAGGGCGCAGUACCUGCCAUCUAUAGAUAAUUCUUAUUUUGACAAAAAUAUAGAAGGCUGAAACCUCCUGUAUUUCAGAUUGUUUGAGAGAUGAUUUGCUUAUAUUCCACCUGAACUUUAUUUGAACCAUUUAACAUCAUAAAUUAUUCAAUAUCUGUUUUUCUAAUAAAUCUUUACUGGAUAUAAGAUCUGGGUGUCUCUGUGAAGUUAGUAACUUUAACAUCAGUGUAUCACUGACCACUGUUUACUGCUCAGAGGCAAUUCAUUGGUUUAUGUUUAAAAUUAAUACACCGUCUGUAUUGUGGCCAAAAGGCGUCUAAAACAUUUUUGAUUGAUCACUUCACAUAUAUUAUUUUUGAAUUUUAAGAGAGCAAAAUAUAAUCAGGCCACAAUUACCAGUAUCGUAAAGCACUGUAACCUCCUCCUCCAUGGCAAAACCCGUGGUUAGCUUCUACUAAGUGGCAGAUAGCAUCACAUUACUUUAGGAAGUUUAUAAGUGUUUUAUUACCAAAAAAGUUUUUGGUGGGUAUGUAAUUCAGGAAAGAAAUAUAUCCAUUCUUUAUUUUAAUAUGAAAGGAACUAUAUAAUGUAGAAUCAGAAUAACUGGUACACCUGCCGUAUAUUUAAAGAAAGAAACGGGCAGGUGAGGCUGGAGAAUGUUGUCUGUAGAUAAUGAAGUGAGUGCAGCCAUGUGUUCUAGUCUCGAGGUUUAAUUUUGGUAUAUUCCUACACUUACUAGGAUCUAAUUCAGUCAAAUUGGUCAAAGGAAAAAAAAAUUUGAAAACUCAUAAUGCAGCAAGCCCUGUGCUAUUUUUUAAAAGUGUACUUUAUUUUUGUGCUCUUCUGCCAAAAGAAAAUGCUGAUAAAAAAGUACACAGUAGAACAUGCAAAUUUAUAUUAAAAUGUGCUUGUUCAGAUUACUUUAAGAGAACUAUAUUAAGGUAGUGUGUGUGUGUGUGUGUGUGUGUGUGUGUGUGUGUGUGUAUGUGUAUGUAAGAAAGAGAGAGAGGAAGUCAGUGUGAUGUGCUUCACACCAUCUUCUGUUAGGAAUCAAGUGAUGGAUGUCCUGGCUUCUAGAGUGAGCUACAACUAGCUUGCUGAAAUUGAACUGAUCAGCUUCUCAACCAUAGACUAGAGGUGCACUGGAGAUGUCUCAAGUUCCUUCCAGCUCUGACAACAUUUCUGUGAAUACGGUCAUAUUGGAGGUUUUAGUACUUAUAUAUUUCGUAUUUUUAAUGACUUUCCUCAUUUGGAGAGCACAGCAGUAUUAGCUCUGUAAACUGCCAUUUAGUUACCAAAAAGACAUUGAACCAUACUACAUAAUUUUAUAAUUAGCCAUAAUAGAGCAAUUUCUCAGUUAAUUUCUUACAACUAGAACUUGUCAAAGAGGCAACUGAUAAUAAAAUUUAUGUCUGAUGAAACCUCUGAAAUGAUGAGUAAGAUAGUGGGAAACAUAUCUGUGUAUUUCACUCUGACUUUACAGUCAUAGCGGGUGUCUCAAAGGCAUGUAUAAAGAUGUACAGAAAUCGUUACAAUAUAUUUAUGUUACUAAUUUUAAUGAGGAGGUACUGUGUAAUUUAAAGAAAGUUAAAUUAUUCUUUAAGUGAAGUUAAGAAAAACGAAAACUUUUCUCUCCUUAGUCGAAAUUGGAAAACAAUCUUCAUUGACAAUAACUGUGCUUAUAUCCCCCAUGGGAAGUAUUCAGUGGAAGACAUUUUACUGACUAAUUUCAAUACUACUCAGGAUAUGUAGUAUUUUAGAAUUGCUAAACUUCCACAAAGUUACCAUUGUCUUAUUGUAGAAGAGAACUUUGGAAGUAAGAAUUAAAAGAAAAUGGAUGCUUAACGUUGUCUCCUAAUUACUAUAAAGUUAUUUAUGUUUUAGGUAAGUAAUAUUCACAAGAUUGUAAACGUCAGUGGAUAAUCCAAAAGUAAUUGUAAAAGUUAUUAAAAUGUACAUUUAAGUCGAUCUCAAUUUGGUUAGAAACAUCAAGAGUUCAUCUUCUAGAAUGUAUACUAUCCAAAAGAUACGCAUUGCCUUUAUGCACUAAAAGGCAAGGUGAUCAAACAAUGUAGAUGCAAACCAAAGGAACUGAGAGCUUCCAAAGUCAUGGAUGAUAGAAAAGAGAAAUUGUUACAUCAUAGGCUAAAUUAGAAGCAAAUGUAAACCUCUAGCCAUGCUUUUGUACGUCACCAUCUGAUUUGUGUAAGUAGCUGGGGAAAGAAAAACUCACAAUAUAACAUAAGAUUGACUAGUUCUAGCAGAUGACACCUGUAAAUAGAAUUACCAGUUGAAAUUCUGAUGUGAAAUGAGAUGAUUAAUAUUAUCACGCUAAAGUCUUCUUUUGAGUUCUUUUUUU